AUGGCUUCUCGCACCAAAGAACCGAAAAAAGACGACGACCCGCCUCCAUACUCUAAACAUCCUACGGACGGCGCGGCAACAGCAGCCACUGCUGCUGCUGCUACCACUCAAGCCCCCCCUCCCCCUUUCACACCUCAACCUCAACAUCAGCAACAACAACCAACUCAAAUCCCCCGCCAGUUCCCCCCCGCGUUCAGCAUGUACAUCCAACGCAAACACCACUACCACAUCGGCUCGCACCAAUCCGCGCCGCUCUACGCCGUGACCACCGCGCCGGGGUACUCCUCGCGGCCGGACGUGGUGCUGCACAGCGGCCCGGGGGAGCACACGCCCCCGCUGGCCGUCGUAGCGCGCACGGGCCGCGAACACGCUCUCACGGUGGCGCUGCCCGGAUCAUCGGCGGCGGCCGAGGAGCGCGUCGAAACGCCGGCGUUCUUUCCCCUAGGCGGCCAGACGUUUUCGUUCGUGGUGGAGACGGGGGGUGGGAGUGGGGGGAGGAGGGAAGGGUUCGAGUGGCGCCGGUCGAGGGGGGGUGCGGUGGAGGCGCUGGGGGGGUCGGGGAGUGGGUGGAAGUUGGUUAGGAUGAGGACGGAUGCGCCGAACGGGUUGGAGGGAGGGGGAGGGGGAGGGCAAGGGGGGAUGCCUGUGGUGUUUGCGGGGGGCGCGACGGCGGGGGACGGGAGGGAGGUAGUGGCAGUGUGGGCGUGGGCGAAUAUGAGCCUGACGAAGAAAUUGCGGUUCCGGUUUCUGGGGUCGGGGGCUAGUGGGGUGUUGGGGGAGCGGUGGGCGGUUAUGGCUGUUGCGACUGCGUUGUGGGUUUGGGAGAGGGAGAGGAGGGCUAGGGAGGAGUCGGGGGGUGUGCGUUAG